AUCCCAGUCUACCGUCACAUGAUCACAGACUACAGUCAUUGUAUUCCCAUCAGCCGUCACAUGAUCCCAGUCUACAGUCACAGGAUCCUAGACUACAGUCACAUGAUCACAGACUACAGUCAUAGUACCCCAGUCAUCAGCAACAUGAUCCUAGUUAACAGUCACAGCAUCCCAGCCUGAGAUGUAAUCCCAGCCUAGAGUCAUAUGAUCUCAGAUUACGGUGAUCUGAUAUCCCAGCCUACAUGUACAUUCGUGGUGUCCCAGUCAGCAGUCACAUAAUCCCAGUCUGCAGUCAUGAUCUCUCGAUGAUGUCGAAUGGUUUGUUUAUUGUUACAGGAUUUUAGAAUGCAGUCACAUGAUCCAGUAUAGACAGAAAAUAAAAUAGUCGAACGAGCUCAAUUUGCAGUCUUGUGGUGUCCGCGCACACUGUACGCCCUUACUAAGAAUAUGUUCAUAUAGCCUAGAUUUCACUCACUGACUGUUCUUUGUGUCAAAGGUUAUGCUGGAGACAAUAGCUCUCUGUUCCUAGUACAUGCAUUUGUACAUGUACAUGAGUGUUCAAACUCAAUCACACACAACUUUCACUGUACAACAUAACCAGUACCCUUUCACUGUACAACAUAACCAGUAUCCUUUCACUCUACAAAGCAACCAGUAUUUUUUCACUGUACAACAUAUCCAUUGUCCUUUCACUGUACCACAUAACCAGUAUCCUUUCACUGUACAACGCAACCAGUAUCCUUUCGCUGUACAACAUAACCAUUAUCCUGCGGAAGAGGAAUUGAAGUAAAGAUGAAAAUGUUAUAGUAUACAGUGCAAUCAAAACUCCGUACGCCUGAAUGGAAAUGAUGAACAUGCAUGGGUGAAUGAAAACAGCUGUGGUAAAAAGUAAAUUUUGAUUAGAUUGACACUAAGCAUACCACUGUGUAAUGUACAUCAAGUACAUUUAGUGACAAAUCAGCCGUACAGCAGCUAGUUACAUACCACCUACAUGAUAUGAUACAAAUGUGAGGAAAAAGAUACAUGCAGCUUUAGCAGACAUCACAGAUGUGGAGCAGGGCAGUGGACUAUACAACUGUGAGACAAAUGAUACGAAGUUUUAGCAGAUAUCACAGGCUUGGACAGGGCAAUGGGUGGCACAAAUGUGAGACAAAUGAUGCAAGGAUGUAGUGGCUAUUACAGAUGUGGACAGGGCAUGGAUGACACAAAUGUGAGACAAAUGAUACAAGGAUGUGGUGGCUAUUAGAGGUGUGAAGCAGGGCUGUGGAUGACACAAAUGGGAGACAAAUGGAACAAGGCUGUAGUGGCUAUUUGAGGUGUGAAGCAGGGCUGUGGAUGACACAAAUGUGAGACAAAUGAUACAAGGCUGAAGUGGCUAUUAGAGGUGCGAAGUGGGGCUGUGGAUGACACAAAUGUGAGACAAAUGGUACAAGGCUGAAGUGGCUAUUAGUGGUGUGAAGCAGGGCUGUGGAUGACACAAAUGUGAGACAAAUGAUACAAGGCUGAAGUGGCUAUUAGAGGUGCGAAGCAGGGCUGUGGAUGACACAAAUGUGAGACAAAUGAUACAAGGCUGAAGUGGCUAUUAGAGGUGCGAAGCAGGGCUGUGGAUGACACAAAUGUGAGACAAAUGAUACAAGCUGAAGUGGCUAUUAGAGGUGUGAAGCAGGGCUGUGGAUGACACAAAUGUGAGACAAAUGGUACAAGGCUGAAGUGGCUAUUAGAGGUGCGAAGCAGGGCUGUGGAUGACACAAAUGUGAGACAAAUGAUACAAGGCUGAAGUGGCUAUUAGAGGUGCAAAGCGGGGCUGUGGAUGACACAAAUAUGAGACAAAUGAUACAAGGCUGUAGCAGAUAUUACAAAUCUGGACAGGACUGUGGAUGACAAGUGUGAGACAGAUGACUCAUAGAUGGAACAGAUGUGAGUGUGGUUGUGGAUUACACAGGUAAUCCAUGUAGUUGUAGCAGAUAUUACAGAUGUAGACAGGGCGGAUGACAAGUGUGAGACAAAUGACACGUAGAUGGAACAGAUGUGAGCGCGGUUGUGGAUUACACAGGUAAUCCAUGUAGUAGUAGCAGAUAUUACAGAUGUAGACAGGGCGGAUGACAAGUGUGAGACAAAUGACACGUAGAUGGAACAGAUGUGAGCGCGGUUGUGGAUUACACAGGUAAUCCAUGUAGUAGUAGCAGAUAUUACAGAUGUAGACAGGGCGGAUGACAAGUGUGAGACAAAUGACACGUAGAUGGAACAGAUGUGAGCGCGGUUGUGGAUUACACAGGUAAUCCAUGUAGGCGUAGCAGAUAUUACAGAUGUGGACAGAGCAGUGCAUAAUAUAAGUGUGAUGUGGAUUACAGUGUUUAGCCGAUUAUGCAAAAAUUCAAAUGUUAUAUUGAAGCAAGUGGUGAUGUAAAAUUAUUGCUGAAAUGCAGUGUGAGCAGACAGGCUCAUGAAUUUCAGUAUGUGUGUAAAUGAUACUACACAUUCUUCAAGUGCAACUGCGGAUUCUUGCAGUGUUUGGACAUGCAUACCUGUGUUACCUUGUGGAAUUACGGCCUAGGUGCUUGGGAAUUUACUGGAUGAACCUUCCCAACCAACCAGACAAUAGCCUCAGCAUAUCGUGGUGUAAUUCAGCCAGGAGUCACCUGCUCAACCCCACCAACAUCGUAGACUACUUCUCUGACAGAAGUAACCCUUUCUAUGACUGCACAUGUAACAAUGAGAUAGUGAAGAUGCAGCGUGUAAGCCCAGAUCAACUUCAGAAUAUGGUUGGGUUGGAAUAUAUACUGUUGCAUGUUCAAGAGCCUAUCUUGUAUGUCAUCAGAAAGCAACACAGACAUUCACCUCAGCAAGUCACCUCAUAUGCUGACUAUUACAUAAUUGCCGGUGUGGUAUACCAAGCUCCUGACCUCGGAUCUGUCAUCAACUCCAGACUGUUGAACACUGUGUUCAAUCUCCAGUCUGCAUUUGAAGAAGCCCAGUCAUACUCCAAGUAUCACCCGUCAAAGGGCUAUUGGUGGGAAUUUAAGGAUCCCGAGGAAACAGAGAAAGUGAAACCUAAAGAAAAGAAGCAGAAAGAAGAGCCAAGUUCUUUGUUUCAACGUCAAAGAGUGGACCUUCUUUUGGGAGAACUAUCAAAAAAAUUUCCACCUAAGUUUGUUGCUCCUACUCAGCCAGAAAAAGCAGCUGAAGAAGUCAAAGCUGAAGUCAAAGUGGAAGUUAAACAAGAGAAAGUGGAAGAGAAAUCUACAUCAAAUUCAAUAAAACCCCCUCCAGAGAAAAAACCAAAGUUAAUGAGAUGAGGUAGUGUCAUGACAAGCUUUCAAGGUGUGGUUACUACCACACAACCAGCCUCGCUUGGUUACAGAACAGUAUUACAGUAUUAGAGCUCCUGGAUUCUACAACAGUGACUUUACCAAAAUGUGUAAAAUACACAGCAUUAGGAUUGUUAUUUCUACUGGUAAAUAACAUCACUGAAAGUGAUACCGUUGGGUGCUUACAAAGACAUGCUGCAGUAGUGACUAUUGUGAGUUUUGUCUAAUACCCCAGGGUAACUAUGUACUGACUGACUAAGUGAGUGAGUGAGUGACUAACUGAGUGAGUGAGUUGAUGUCAAGAAGGUACAGGGUGUGCGUUAAUACAGCAUGCUCACAAGACAGGUGCAUUAUAAUAAUGACAGGGAGACUGUGCCAGCAAGUAAAUUGCAAAUUCACCCAUCACAGUUACCGGCUGAUUGAACAUUGGUAAAGGUUCCAUGCUCAGCUGCUGACUCUUGCCAUGAGAACAAACAUGAGUGGAAACAUGGCUACAUCAGAUGUUUAUAGUAUGUAAUUCCUCUAUAGCAUAUACAUUCAGAUCAUGAGGGGUGACAUUGGUGACUGGUUGAGAACUAUACAGAUAAAUUUACCAAGAGAAGUUCCACAGGGAAAAGCUUCCCCAAGACUCGGGUGUAGUUAGAAGUAUGGUACUGUAAUCAAGGUUGAAGCACAUUGUAUUGCUUUGUUCUAGAGUACAUGUGACCUGAUUAACAGCUAUAAGACAGGGUAUUCAUAAUCGUGAACAAAUGAGAAUCGCGUCAUGAAUUGUCAUAAAAAAAUCAUGAAUUUUGAAAUUGUUAACAUUCAGGAGGUGAAUGGUUACGGGGGAAAGGUCUGCUGUGUGUUGCUAAAUGGUGAAAUACCGGUCUUCAGACAUUGUCAUUUCCUAUGGUAAAAGUCACGAAUGGAUGUCCGAUUUGGUCAUGAGAAAGGCUUCAAAAGUGAUUAAUACUUGUUCUGAAAUAAAGGUGUCAAACAUGACAAGAGUGUAUAAAGGUACUGAUUUCAAUUAAUGCCACAGAUUUAUAUCACUCUGGAUUUGUUUAAUAAAUUGUACUAGAUGGACCCCGUAAACUGGCAGCCAUUUUGUCCGAGAAAAAGUCUAGAUUAUGGCAUUGCACAGCUGUGAAGUAAAUUAAUAAAUAUUCAAGAACCAUGGCUGGAUCGUUAAGAUGCUUGUCUUUCAUUCACUAGAAGACACGGUGGUGGUUCACUGUCGUUAUCCCUUCUUACUGCAAAACGUCAAAUUGUUCCGUUAUAAUAUGCCUUUUUUGAGAAUGAUACCAUUGAAAUACGCUAAAUGUAUCACCGGAAAUUGCAAGCAAGCUAAUCUAUGUACCCAGACGUAUAGAUCCGGUAUAUUAGGGUAAGCUAUUAAUAUAGCGUAUAGCCAAUGUGCUGUGCAUAUCUUUACGUCACAUAUGGGGAUGUUAACUUCCCAAGGUUGGGGGUUACCCACGUUGGCUACGUCGUGGGUUUCCUCCGCGCUACGCCCAGUUUCCCCUCACCAUAAUUCUGGCCGACGUCGUAUAAGUGAAAUAUUCUUGAGUACGGCGUAAAACACCAAUCAAAUAAAUAAAUAAAUUUUAUCCAUGCAUGUCUCUGCUCCGUAUAUUUCUUUGUCGAAUAUACAGUGUAUGUCCUUGUCUCUUGAAUUCCCCAGCCGGUAUAUACUCUGUCACGAUUUCUCCAACACAUGUACCUGUCGUAUACUUACCAUCUACGAUGUAAAGUGUAUUCUCCCAUGCGGUAUACACUCUGUCACGAUUUCCCCAACACAUGUACCUGUCGUAUACUUACCAUCUGCCAUAUAAAGUGUAUUCUCCCAAGCGGUAUACACUGUCACGAUUUCCCCAACAUAUGUCCCUGUCGAAUAUAUACCAACGAUCUACAAGAUACAGUGUAUCUAUGUUCAUAUAUUUAAACUAUAGGUCUGUCUCUUUUUGUGUUUUCCAUCGGGGUGUUUCGUGUUUCCCAGACAAAGGCUGACCGGUCAGAAUCUCAGGCUCUGCACAAGUUGGUUCGUUAAACUCAACUCUCGUAUUUAACAGGGGUAUAAAAGACAGAGUAAAA